UGCUUUGUCACUGCCGGUUUCUCCCUAUCAAACACCGGCCCGGCUAGCAGCAACGUUAGCUCUAACUGAAGCUGAGCGGUCAGUGUGUUAGCAGAUCAGCUAACGUUAGCUAACGGAGCUGCUGCUGUGUAGCUAACACUGCCUCGUAGUUAACUAGCAAGACUGGUCUUCAGGGAGUUUUACUAGUGAGCUAAGUGAGCGUUAGCCACUUUCCAGGGCGACUUUCAAAUCAUCAGAGACUUUAAUAGUUUCUGUCAAGACAAGCGCUAAAUACUAGUUAGCUUCUGUAUCCUUCAUCAAGACGCUAACACAGUAACGUAAACGUUUUAAAAGCUAGUUAAUACCUUAAAGUAAAGAUGCAGGAAUGCUGAAAAAUAAUAGUGUCUUUAGAUAACGGGUAUUGUUUGGGAGCUUCAGGGAUUCAGUUUUUGAGCUACUCUUUUCUAACGUACCGGUCAGUGGAAUUGAAUGAUCAUUUCCUGUUUCUGUGUUGUCCUGGAAUCAUCGCUGGACUGGCUGAAAGAGUCAAAAAAUGAUCGUAAUCACUGAAAUUAAGGACCUCAAUACUGAGUGAAGUUUCAACUAGAUCGAGUUCAAAAUUGCCAUCAGGAAAAAAUAUCCUAGUGUUUGGUGAGGAUGGAUCAGGAAAGACAACACUUAUGUCCAAACUUCAAGGAGCUGAGCACAACAAGAAGGGGAGGGGACUGGAGUAUCUGUACUUAAGUGUCCACGAUGAGGACAGGGAUGACCUUACACGCUGUAAUGUGUGGAUCCUGGAUGGGGACCUAUACCACAAAGGCCUUCUUAAGUUUGCUGUUACAGCUCAGUCGCUACCUGACUGUCUAGCUGUGUUUGUUGUGGACAUGUCACGACCUUGGACCAUUAUGGAGUCGCUGCAGAAGUGGGCCAGUGUGCUGCGCGACCAUGUGGACAAGCUCAAGAUUCCUCCUGAGAACAUGAGAGAAAUGGAGCAGAAUAUGGUGAAAGCCUUCCAAGAGUACACAGAACCAGAGGAUGCCACCCCAUCCUCCCCACAGAGACGAGCCCCAACAGCAGGAGAAGAUGAGGCCAUUGUGUUACCACUUGGGGAAAACACACUCACGCACAACCUGGGCAUUCCAGUGCUAAUAGUUUGCACAAAGUGUGACGCAGUCGGCGUACUAGAGAAGGAGCAUGACUACAGAGACGAGCACUUCGACUUCAUCCAGUCACACAUCAGGCGAUUUAGCUUAGAAUAUGGAGCAGGCCUGAUCUACACUUCAGUCAAAGAGGAGAAGAACCUGGAUCUGCUUUACAAAUAUAUAGUACAUAAACUGUAUGACUUUCAGUUCGUCACACCUGCCUUAGUGGUUGAGAAGGAUGCAGUGUUCAUUCCGUCUGGAUGGGAUAAUGAGAAGAAAAUUGGUAUUUUGCACGAAAACUUCACAACAGUCAGACCAGAAGAUCCAUUUGAAGAUUUUAUCACGAAGCCUCCAGUACGAAAGCUGGUUCAUGACAAAGAGAUAAACGCAGAGGAUGAGCAGGUUUUCCUGAUGAAGCAGCAGUCUUUAUUAGCAAAGCAGCCGGCCACACCGACAAGAGGAGCAACCGAGUCUCCAGGACGGACAGCCUCAGGGUCACCUCGACCUGCAGGCCGUGCCGGUCCAACGGCCGUAACCAGUGGCUCGCCAAUGGCCUCUGUCAAAAAGCCUGACCCUAACAUGAAAGCGGGAGCUGCCAAUGAGGGAGUGCUGGCUAACUUCUUCAACAGUCUGUUGAGUAAAAAGACAGGAUCCCCUGGGAGCCCAGGAACUGGAGCAGUGGGAGCUGGAGUGCAAGGGUCUGCCAAGAAAACAGGGCAGAAGCCGGGUUUGACUGACGUCCAGGCUGAGUUGGACAGGAUGACUCGCAAGCAAGACUCCAUGGUUUCAGCUAACAACAUACCACCGCCGACAGAGAACGAAGCGUGAAGGCAACAAAAACAGCUGCAUCGUCCACUUAAUACUCUGGAAAAAUAUAUGUACAUGUGAGCAUAAAAAAAAAAAAAAAGACCAAAUUCCUAACGCCUGUAACAGUCAGCACACAGUGGUUUCACCGAAUGAGAUUUAAAUGCUGUCAGAAGGUUUGGAGAGAGAGUAGCGAUGGAAGGAGAGAACAUACACGGACGUGUUAAUGAAAUAAGUGCUGAAGGCUUGGCUUUUUUUUUCUGUCCUCUCUUCCACUGUAAAUGUAAUUUUGUAAGGGGGAAGUCAGUUUAGGGAAACGUGUGCACACUCCCUGGCAACCAGCCUGACCUGCUGGGCUGCUGGACCCCACGGUUUCUGGGGUAAAACAUUCUCCUCAUGGGGUUUAAGAGCGGCAGUAUCCUGGUUCCUCUGGUUUCACUUAAUUUACAGAAGGAAUUUGGCUGCAAUUGGAAAGGUAUUUAAAUAUAUUAAGAAAUUAAAAUACUUGCAAACAUAUGUUGUAUUUAAAAAAAAAAAAAAAAAAGACAGGAAAAAAAA